GAAUGUCAGCGCGCACAAUAACGGAUCAGCGCAGCGUCUCGAGCAGCACUGUGGCGUCUGUUUGUCUCAGUAUAGAACCGUUCUCCGGCGAGUUCGGGCGAUGUUUCGGGAAGUCUAGAGAGCACAGAGCAGGAACCAGUCAGAAACAUGUUCAGGGUUUACAGCCGAUGGAGCCGUUUCCUGGUGUGGUUUGCCAUCGUUAACCACCACCACCACCUGUGGACGGUUGGUGCGGCGUUCGAUUAUUGUGCCGCCUCGAAGGACCUCUGUCAGGUGGACGGGGCGCGCCAUGUUGUCUGCAAUGGGCGCAAUUUUUCUACCGUGUGUCACCAGCCGAAGCUGAUCAAGAUGACCGAGCGCUACCGGGAGCAGGUACUGGAGUUUCACAACCGACUGCGGAACAAUGUGGCGUGCGGUUACUUCCGACGCUACGCCGAAGCUAGCUCGAUGGAGCAGUUGGAAUGGAGCCCCAAGUUGGCGCGCAUGGCCGAGUACAACGCCCGGACGUGCACAUUCGCUCACGACGAGUGCCGAAAUACGCGUAAGUUGCGUGCGGUUGGACAAAACCUGGCCAUCAACUGGUUCCACGGGGUCAACGUGAGCGUGACGCAGGCCAUCGACAGUUUCCAGCGGCACUGGUACCAGGAGUACGAGAACGGCCACCAGAAGCUACUCAAUCGGUACACACAACACUCGAUCCAAGCCGGUAUCGGCCACUUCACGCAGAUGAUACACGCCGACACGCAAUCCGUCGGCUGCGCUAUGGUACGCUUCGCUGGCACAAGGCAGGGAGUGACCGUGACGCAGUACUAUCUCGUGUGCAACUACUCCGAAGGUAACCUGUACGAGAGGCCCGUCUACCGGAAGGGCAAACGGUGCAGCAAGUGUAAGUACGGUUGCUCCGCUGCCGCUGCCUACAAAUGCUUGUGUCGAAAGCAAUAGUAGUGGCCCGGGGUGACCACACUAAUCCAUCCUCCAAACCACUUCACCGUUGCGCCGCGCUUGCCAAGUGGCUAUCGGGGCGCCACUCUAGCUUCACUAACACAUUAACGUCGUACUAGGAGACCGUGGGUCAGUCAAUGUGGCUCGAAUAAA